UCUUGAAGUAUUUUCUUCUUUCAUAUUAUAGAUAAUAUGUGGCCAUAUUAGUUUUCAUUGUGUUUUUUUUAAUUUGUUAAUUUUUUUCAGAGAUUCUUCAGUAUUAUGAGAAAUGCUUGCGGUAGUAAUGAUCAUCCCAACUCAGCAAUAUUUCUUCAAGUCUACCGCCUUAUUGGGACCUACUCCCUCAUUAAGCCACCGAAAGGGUCUAAUGUAUCUGGAUCAGAAAUGCUGAAUAUGCUUUUGGAUUGUAGCAUCAACAACUCUGAAAAUGACAAAAAAAUGGUACUGUUUUCAAAACUCGAUGAGAUCAUCGAAAACAGUGUUGACUUGGUUGAAGUGCCAUCAUUAUUAGAAAAUGUAACUGAUCACACGUACAAUGCCAUUAAUUCAAAUGAGGUUAUCAUCGGUUAUUUUUCUGGUUAUGUUGCUCGUCGGGCAGCAAAAUUCUCAAGCUGCACUUUCUGCUUAACAUCUCUUGUUGCUGCCAAAUCCGAUGAGAGGCAUGAAUUACUAAUUAAUGUAAAAAAUAGAGGAGGCUUAUUGAGUCCAUCAGAAAGUCUUUAUAACCUCAUUUCACUGUUGGAGGAGGCUACUUUGAGAACUGUUACUGAUAGUAAUCUCAAUGUAAACUCAUUAAGUGACAUUAUUAGUAACAUUGAUGGAAUGCCAUUGCCUUUGGUUGGGUGCCCAUCGCAUAGUGAGAGUCUUACUAAAUCACUAAUUCAUUUUUUUUUAAUCACACGAAUGCAUUUCCUAUGUGAUCGUUCUAACAAAAUCGAUAAAAUAAAGGACGACAAAACCCGAAAGUAUCGGAAACUGUCGAAGUUGUAAAGCAUUAUUAUUUUAAAUGAGAAUUUUUGUGUUGUAAAUAUUGUAUGAUACU